ACAAAGGUCCAACUAGCUGUGAUCAGCACCACACACAAACAAUCCUGGGAACACCUUCAACACGCCCAAAGGCACCCAAGCAACCAGCCACCCGUCAACCAGUCGAUUGCGGACAGAAACGGCCGCCAAGUUCUCGCUUCUGCGGCUUCUGUUGUGAGCUCCUCAUCUCGCCCACCUCGCCUUCCCUUUCGCAGCACAUGUGUGUGAUGUGAUGGUGUAGAUAGAUAGUACGCAGCGCCGUAUGGACAAUCCGAGGCCAUUUUCAGGGGUGCUAUGUAACUGCUCGCUCCAUUGCCUUAGGACUGACAAGGCAGGUAGGUCACUGCAGCGCUGUCCCCGAGCCGGCUUCAUUCGGGUUGUAUGCUUGCAAGUUGCGUUGCUUGCUUCCGACAUGCCAUCUCUCUCUCUCUCUCUCUCCAUCAUUCAUCCCCAGUCGAUGGGGGUCGGAUUGGAUUCCUGUUACCCCUUUACUCGUCUACAUUCUUUUCGGGUCUUUUCGUUUUUUUCCCCCCCUCCAUUCUUCUUUUUGCUUUGCCCUCUUUUCUCCUUGAUUCCUCCAACCCGAAAAGGAGAGGGCGAGGCCAGUCGCGACGUACCAAGUCAGAUCGACCCGAGUAAUAACCAUGUCCCUCAACUGAGCCGAAGUUGGGAUACGGAUUUCUUCUCUCCAUCCAUAUGUCACCAGCAGAAUUAACCAGGCCUCGACCCCGCUCGCCUUUCGCGCGCUCUCCCUCUCUCCCCACCACCGCCAUUCCCGCCGCCGACAGUACCACAAUUUGUCCCUCUACUCAUUAAUCUCACGGCUCGUCGACACACAAUAUCAUUGUUGUGCCCAUAACACAACCAGAAAA